AUGGACGCUGGUGCGCCGCAGCGUGUGUUCCAGGCGGUCAAACCGCUGUGUGUCACGCUGCUGCAGCAUACAAGUGCACCGCAGGUAUCUGUGGAGAUACCUAAUGUGCUGUGCACGCUUGCAGGUGUACUUAAACGCGAACACACAACACCAUUCACUCCCUCGCUCAUCCACUACAUUUUCUAUCCCAUCUCGCAGCUUUUGCGCAUGCGCGACGGCCUGUUUGGCCUGCCAGACCGGGUGCGUGAGCUUAUAUUUGUAAUUCUUGGAGAGUUGGUGCAGGACUGGUGGCACGCAUGGACGUGGGCGAGUGUGGGCGCACAAGCACCCCCGAACCCAACGCUCGAGCAAGUCCAGGCGUGGAAAGUGUGGGAACAGCUGCUCUUGCUGGGCACCAUGGCGCUAAGUGGUGGAGGAGCGCAUGUACCAAAUAGUGCAGAGACCUUGGUGGCGAUCAUGCAGUUUCUCGCAUGUGCACUCGCCCCGCGUGCCGCGCCGCGGAAACCGCAGGAAGAAGAAUGGGACGGCGAGUCGGAGCUGCCGGACCUUGAAGCAAUCGACGAUGGAGAAUGUAUUGUGUCUACACAGGUAUACCCACCAGCACAGCUUGUAUGUGCUGUACACGAGAGUCGCGUUGCGCUUGGCGCGUUGACGCACGUUGUGAAAAUAGCGCUGGACACGGCAAGCAAUCCUAAAAUCAUGACGGUGCUGCGCUGUGCAGCACUGGAGCUUGCGACGGUGCUUGCGAUACCAUGGAUUGCCGGCGAUCGGCAUAUUGUGUCGUCUGGACCGUGCAUCGAUGCGGAAUCCUGCAUUGCAUACUACCGCGCCAAAGGGUACGUUGGAGAAAAAGAGCGCAGCGCAGCGCUUCUUACGCCUAUUUUGCCGGGAAUGGCGAGUGCAUUGAUUCGGUGUGUAGAUGGGCCGCGAGGCGCACGCAGUGUUCCUGCGCUUGUGCUUAUGCGCGCGCUGCCUUUGCUUGCUGCGAUACUGGUCGUGUGUGUGGGCGAUGUUGUCACACAAUCCUUCCGUGUCCCAGAAGAGGCGCAAAGCUUGCCCACGCGGCUGGAAGACUUUGGUGUGCAAGAGGAAGAGACAAUGGCAAUAGAGGAGGCUGCGAGUGCAUUGACAGUGGAAGAGAGUCAAGUGGCCUUGGAGAUGGACCUGCCUAGCCACCUUGAUUCAUCCCUCUCUCCCACAGUCGAACCGCUGCAAGACUCCACGCCUGCCACUCCUUCGACGCCCCGCCCUUCUACGCCUCCGCGCGAUGCGGCAUGGCUUCAGCGCACCAUGCAGCCCGUCCUUCUUUCUCUCUUUGCACUCGGUCCCGUACGUGGACACGAACACCCCGAUGUUCAGUACGCGCUCAUCGCAAUGGCACACAUGCUUCUCGCCCUAGUACCCCAAACACUUGCAUAUGCAUGGAUCCACGUCACGGGCCGUGCCCCUACGCACAAUCCUAUCCAGCAUAUACUGUGCCUCCUACUUGAUACGGCGAGCGAUGCGCAUCCCGUGGAUGUGUGCAACAAUGCACGCCAAGCCAUCGCCGACAUUGUCUCCACCGAGCCGCCCGAAUGGCUCGCUAGGCUCGACACAGCACUGCGCAAUGCCCAGGAUCGUCUCCCGACGGCAGUGCGUGGAACACACGACGAGGAAACGCAGCUCCUUGCACGCCGCAUUGCAACACUAGCAUCGCUGCUGAGCACAACACUCGCACAGGACCAGCUGCGUCAUCUUUCUCUUGGGAUGCUUGCACAGUUUUCCCCCCAUGGCGGCGUCGACUUGUGGGGCCGAGCAUUUGCUCAUGCACUCGGCGCAUGCCCCUCGAUGGAAGCUAUGCCAAUCGACGCAAGCACCGCAUCCUCGCUCACACUCAAGACGGACCUUGAGCAUGGAACACAGCAGUGCAUUUUUGAAAUGGCACGCGCGUGCGGUGCGGCCAUUGCGCGUCUUUUGGUAGGUAUCGCGCAGAGUGAAUGCGUUCCGCAAUACCAGCACGUAUUCCAUGCGCCGCUCUACUUUCUUACUCAAGGCGAAGCGCAGCCACGCCGCGACGCCUACGCGGCGCAUUUUGCCGUCGCUUGCUUUUUCUCCGUCCAUGCACUCGUACAAGGAGCUGCAGAUGUGCUUGCUACGACCCAACUAGAGACGUACACAGCACGCCAUGGCAAGAGGGCACUGCGCAAGUGUGUGCACACCUUUGCCAGGCACUGUGUCCAGGUAAUUGUGCAAGUGUGGACGGACGAUGUUGAGGAAGAGCACGAGAUAGUGCCCCCGGAACGUGCAUUAGUCGCUGCCCCGGACGAUGCGCCGCACAUGGUAAAGGGCCUUGAUGCACCCCAUGAGACUGGCGCCCUGGUAAAGCCCCGCGUUCCUGUAGAUACGACGGUCGUGGACAGCGUCCGCCUGCAUGCUUCUGGCACGGCGCCCCAAGCCGCGCAGUUUGUGCGCGCUCAACAAAGGCUCGAUGGCAUGCACGCCCUCGGGGAUGCCUUCCUCCUCUCCCUCUUGGGCAGCGCGGCGUCACUGCUCGGCGCAUCGUUCCGCCCUUUGCUCCUCAAAACGCUGUACCCUGUUUUGAGCGCGCUGAAAAGCAGCGAGAUGACUGUGCGUGUCAUGGCUGGCUAUACGCUGCAGCGCAUCGCCGACGCCUGUGCCUACCCCACCGUCCAAAGCUUGGUGCUCCACCAUGCAGACUACGUGCUUGGCGCAGCGAGUCACAGACUCGUCUCGGGCCUCUCGACAGAACUGCGUGCGGGCAUUGCGCAAAUGCAGCUCGCCAAGGCAAUGCACAGCGUGGAUGCACAGCUGCCAAGUACACUGCUUGGCGCACGCUCCGCGCCGUGGGUCCUGGUGCAGGUAAUGCAAAUGGUAGGGCCCGAAGUGCUGCCACUGGUCGAGGAUGCCGUAGACGAAGUCCUCGACGCACUCGAUCGUUUCCAUGGGUACAGCGAGGUGAGCGAUGGACUGCUCGCUGUAUUGGCGCGUAUCCUUGACAUGCUCGCAUUCGAAAAAUCGCCGCAAGCGCCUGCGGCAAACACCGCGCGCAAUCCCAGCGCGCCUGAGCUGCUUGCAUCUUUCGCUUUUUGGCUCGAGCACGACCGCGCCGUGCCUUCGGAUACGCCUGUGCCUCACGACGAUCAGGAGCAUGCGCCGGCAAGCACCGACGAGGAACUCAAUCCGCCUUCGACACGGCUCCAGUCAGUGGUCACGCAAAUGGUGCUGCGCUGCAUUCCAUUUUUGAGUCACGGCGCGCCGACAAUCCGUGUCCAUGCGCUCGUGAUGCUUGAAAAAGGUGUACAGCUGCUAGCCGCGCAAGGGCGCACGGCAGAGCUCUACCCCAUCCUGCAUGCGGCAUGGCCGCUGCUUAUGGCGAGACUGGGCGUGCGCGUCACGCAAAAUCCAAGCCGCCUGCGCGUGCGCCGCACGGAUUCCAGCGCCGCCAUUCUGCGGGAUGCGACACCGAGCGAGCAGGACGCCAACGUAUGGAUGCAUGCCACCACGACACUGGGCACCAUGGGCCGUUUUUCCGCCGACGUCUUUGCCAAGCCCAUUCUUCAGCAAGCCUGGCCGCGCUGGGCAAGGCUGCUCUAUGUCUUGGACCAAUUGACCGCGCAGCCGCGCCCAGCCAUCAAGUCGGACACACUCGCGCCCAACGCCGCGGCGUUUGGGUCCAGCGUCCGCAUUGUAGACACACACGCGACGUAUGGCCAAGUGUUGCUCUGCAUUGUGCAUCGCGACGCAUCGCGUCCUACUUGA